AUGAGUCGCGGAUUCGGUGGUCGAGGCGGCGGUGGGGGCCGUGGCUUCGGAGGAGGCGGUGGUGGCGGCUUCAGAGGGGGCGGAGGCGGCCGUGGUUUCGGGGGUCGAGGGGGCGGCGGACGAGGCGGUGGUCGCGGAGGGUUUGGUGGCGGCGGCGGCCGUGGCUAUGACGCGGGCCCUCCGGAGUUCGUCAAAGAGUUCGGUCACUACACCCAUGAGUGCCAAAACCAGUUGGUGGUGAAGGCGGACGUAGAGGAGGUGCCCUUCUUUAAUGCCCCCAUUUAUACGGAAAACAAGCAACAGAUCGGAAAAGUGGACGAAAUCUUCGGAUCCAUCAGAGACUACUCAAUAUCAGUGACACUGCAGGAGAACAUGAAGGCGUCGUCGUUCCCAAUCCAACAGAAGUUUUAUAUCGACCCCCAGAAGCUGUUGCCUCUGCAGAGGUUUCUGCCGAACGCCUCCGGAAAGCCCAGUGGGGGCAGAGGUCGCGGUAGAGGCGGUGGCGGUCGUGGUGGUGGUGGACGAGGCUUUGGUGGCGGCCGUGGAUUCGGCGGCGGAAGAGGUGGUGGAGGCGGACGCGGCUUCGGAGGAGGCCGUGGAGGCGGCGGUGGCCGUGGUUUUGGUGGCGGCGGAGGUCGCGGAGGCGGUGGGCGAGGGUUUGGCGGCGGCCGAGGAGGCGGUGGUUUUAGGCGAUAA